GGGGCCUUCGCGGAGCGCGCAGGGCAGCCUCCGAGAGCGUGGGGCGAGCGUGGACUGUCGCGCGGAGAGGCGCGCCGGUGUGACUCCUUUCAGGCCGUCCUCCCGGCCCCGGCGUGGGUACUGUGCCGCAGUGGGGGCGCCGGGGCCCGCGAGGCCGGACGACGCGGCCGUGCCGGGAAUGGUGGUCUGGGGCAACGCGGAAGAGUCUCCACCAUGAGACGAGGUGGAUGGAGGAGGCGAGCUGAAAAUGAUGGCUGGGAAAAAUGGGGCGGGUAUAUGGCUGCCAAGGUCCAGAAAUUGGAGGAACAGUUUCGAUCAGAUGCUGCUAUGCAGAAGGAUGGAACUUCAUCUACAAUUUUUAGUGGAGUUGCCAUCUAUGUUAAUGGAUAUACAGACCCUUCUGCUGAGGAAUUGAGAAAGCUGAUGAUGUUGCAUGGUGGCCAGUACCAUGUAUAUUAUUCCAGAUCCAAAACCACACACAUUAUUGCCACCAACCUUCCUACUGCCAAAAUCAAAGAACUAAAGGGGGAAAAAGUAAUUCGGCCAGAAUGGAUUGUGGAAAGCAUCAAAGCUGGACGACUCCUGUCCUACAUUCCCUAUCAGCUGUACAGCAAGCAGUCCACUGUGCAGAAAGGUCUCACCUUCAAUCCUGUAUGCAAACCUGAGGACCCAGUGCCCGGUCCAAGCAAUAGAGCCAAACAGCUCAACAACAGGGUAAAUCACAUAAUUAAGAAGCUUGAGACAGGAAAAGAAGUCAAAGUCAAUGGAAUGAACAGCUGGAAUGAAGAAGAUGGAAAUAAUGAUUUUAGUUUUGUGGAGCUGGAGCAGAUCGUUCCAGGAAGGAAACAAAAUGGAAUUCCACCUCACAGAGACAGCCCUGCCAUUCUUAAUGGCCACACGCAUAGCUCUAAUGGUGCCUUAAAGACACAGGGUUGCUGGCUGCCCGCAAGCAACAGUGUUGCUAGCAGGCUUUCCACAGACUCUGCCCAGGAAGAGGAGAUGGCUGAGAAAAGUAGCACCGACUUUAGAGACUGCAGUGUGCAGUCAUUGCAACAAAGCACCGGGAACACAGAUGCUUUGCGGAAUCCACACAGAACUAGUUCCUUUUCAUUAUCAUCUUUGCACACGAACACUAAAAUAAAUGGUGCUCACCACUCCACUGUUCAGGGGCCUUCAAGCACAAAAAGCACUUCAGUACCUUCUCUUAGCAAGGCAGCACCUUCAGUGCCAUCCAGACCCUCAGACUGCAGUUUUAUUUCAGAUUUCUAUUCUCGUUCAAGACUGCAUCACAUAUCAAUGUGGAAGUGUGAAUUUACUGAGUUUGUCAAUACCCUACAAAGACAAAGUAGUGGUAUCUUUCCAGGAAGGGAAAAGUUAAAAAAAAUGAAAACAGGCAGGUCUGCACUUGUUGUAACUGACACAGGAAAUAUGUCAGUAUUGAGUUCACCCCGACAUCAGAGCUGUAUAAUGCAUGUUGAUAUGGAUUGCUUCUUUGUAUCAGUGGGUAUACGAAAUAGACCAGAUCUCAAAGGAAAACCAGUGGCUGUUACAAGUAACAGAGGCACAGGAAGGGCACCCUUGCGUCCUGGAACUAACCCCCAGUUGGAGUGGCAGUAUUACCAGAAUAAAAUCCUAAAAGGCAAAGCAGCAGAUAUACCAGAUUCAUCACUGUGGGAGAAUCAAGACUCUGCACAAACUAAUGGAAUUGAUUCUGUUUUGUCAAAGGCUGAAAUUGCAUCUUGUAGUUAUGAAGCCAGACAAGUUGGUAUUAAGAAUGGAAUGUUUUUUGGGUACGCUAAACAACUUUGUCCUAAUCUUCAAGCUGUUCCAUAUGAUUUUCAUGCAUAUAAGGAAGUUGCACGCACGAUGUAUGAGACAUUGGCAAGCUACACACAUAACAUCGAAGCAGUCAGUUGUGAUGAGGCGCUGGUAGACAUCACUGAAAUCCUUGCAGAGACCAGACUUACUCCUGAUGAAUUUGCAAAUGCCGUCCGCAUGGAAAUCAAAGACCAGACUAACUGUGCUGCCUCUGUUGGAAUUGGUUCUAAUAUUCUCCUGGCUAGAAUGGCAACCAGAAAAGCAAAGCCAGAUGGCCAGUACCACCUGAAACCAGAAGAAGUCGAUGAUUUUAUCAGAAGCCAGCUAGUUACUAGUCUGCCAGGAGUUGGACGGUCAAUGGAAUCCAAACUGGCAUCUUUGGGAAUUAAAACUUGUGGAGACUUGCAAUAUAUGACCAUGGCAAAACUCCAAAAAGAAUUUGGUCCCAAAACAGGUCAGAUGCUUUAUCGGUUCUGCCGUGGUUUGGAUGAUAGACCAGUUCGAACUGAGAAGGAAAGAAAAUCUGUUUCAGCUGAGAUCAACUAUGGAAUAAGAUUUACCCAGCCCAAAGAAGCAGAAGCUUUUCUUAUGAGCCUUUCAGAAGAAAUUCAAAGACGACUCGAAGCUGCUGGCAUGAAGGGUAAACGCCUGACUCUCAAAAUAAUGGUACGAAAGCCAGGGGCCCCUGUAGAAACUGCAAAAUUCGGAGGCCAUGGAAUUUGUGAUAACAUCGCCAGGACUGUAACUCUUGACCAGGCAACAGAUAGUGCAAAAAUAAUUGGAAAGGCUACGCUAAACAUGUUUCAUACAAUGAAACUAAAUAUAUCGGAUAUGAGAGGGGUUGGAAUUCAAGUGAAUCAGUUGGUUCCAGCUAAUCCAAACCCUCCUGCAUGUCCCAGUCGCUCAUCAGUCCAGCCCGGCCAUUUUCCUGGUGGGUCACACUCUGUCCUCGAUCUUUUCCAAGUUCAGAAAGCAAAGAAGCCCACAGGGGAAGAGCACAAGGAAGUAUUUCUGGCUGCAAUGGAUCUGGAAAUAUCAUCUGCCUCUAGAACUUGCACUUUCUUGCCAUCUUUUUCCACACACGUCACGUCAAGUAUCAGCCCUGUUACUAGCAAAGCAGAGUCCUUGGGGAAAUGGAACGGCCUGCAUUCUCCCAUCAGUUUAAAGUCAAGACUUAACCUGAGUAUAGAGGUCCCUUCAUCUUCCCAGCUCGAUCAGUCUGUUUUAGAAGCACUUCCACCUGAUCUCCGGGAACAAGUAGAGCAAGUUUGUGCUGUUCAGCAAGGAGAGCUGCAUGGUGACAAAAAGAAAGAACCAGUAAAUGGCUAUAAUACAGGAAAUCUGCCACAGCCGGUUGGGACAGUUUUGUUACAAAUACCAGAACCUCAAGAACCUAACAGUGACAUGGGAAUUAAUGUAAUAGCACUUCCAGCAUUCUCACAGGUGGACCCUGAGGUGUUUGCUGCUCUUCCUGCUGAGCUUCAGAAGGAGCUAAGAGCAGCAUAUGAUCAAAGACAGAGGCAGGGAGAGAAUGCUGUGCACCAGCAGCCAGCCAGCACAGCCGUGCCAAAGAAUCCGUUACUUCAGCUAAAACCAGCAGCAGUGAAAGAAAAGAAACGAAACAAAAAAAAUCCCAUCAGUCCCCAUAAAAAGGUUCAGAGCCCUUUGAAAAACAAACUACUUAAUAGUCCUGCAAAAACCAUGCCAGGGGCCGGUGGGAGUCCCCAGAAGUUAAUCGAUGGGUUUCUGAAACACGAAGGUCCUGCUCCUGAAAAACCUCUGGGAGAACUCUCCGCUUCUGCUUCAGGUAUGCCAGGCCUUUCUGGCUGUGUCAGACCCCCGGCACCCAACCUAGCAGGAGCUGUUGAGUUCAGUGAUGUGAAGACACUGCUCAGAGAGUGGAUAACCACCAUUUCAGAUCCAAUGGAAGAAGACAUUUUGCAAGUUGUGAAAUACUGCACUGACCUUAUAGAGGAGAAAGAUUUGGAAAAACUGGAUCUCGUUAUAAAAUACAUGAAAAGGUUGAUGCAACAGUCGGUGGAAUCGGUUUGGAAUAUGGCAUUUGACUUUAUUCUUGACAAUGUUCAGGUAGUUUUACAACAGACUUAUGGGAGCACAUUAAAAGUGACAUAAAUGAGCGGGAGCCUAGUGUUCGCCGCUGGCUGUGCCAUAAGUGCUUGUGAGGUAUU